AUGGAAGAGAUCCAAGCAGCAUUCGACAAUCUCACAAAACCUCUGAGCAACAAUACGGAGCUCUUGAACUUCAUCAAAAACAACUUCGCUAGCGCCGGCGAUGAGCUCAAGGCGGUUUCAAAGGAUUUACUGCGGCCAGACCCCAAGUUUUUAAACAAGAUCAAUGAUACCGUAAUCAAGGAGUUCGCCAACAAGGUCAUCGAUAUUUGGUCGGACCUGACGCGCAAGUACGAGAAUCCCGCGGGCAACUGCACUAACUGUCCCACCUCCUUCAUCCCACUCAACCGCACGUUCGUUGUUGCUGGUGGCCGUUUCAGAGAGGCAUACUAUUGGGACACUUACUGGAUCAUGGAGGGUCUGCUCCGUACCGGCGGCAGUUUUGUCGAAAUCUCCCGGAACAUGAUUGAGAAUUUCCUGGACUUGGUCGACCGUUUUGGCUUCGUGCCAAAUGGCGGGAGAAUUUAUUAUCUGAACCGAUCUCAGCCUCCUUUGCUGACUCAAAUGGUCCAUCUCUAUGUCCAGCACACCAACGACUCGAGUGUUCUAGAACGAGCCAUUCCAUUAUUAAUCAAAGAGCAUGACUUCUGGAUGGUCAACAGAACUAUAGAGGUCAACAAGAAUGGAACGACAUAUCGUCUCAACGAUUACAACGUGAAUAACACCCAGCCAAGGCCAGAGUCGUACAGAGAAGACUACAUCACGGCGUCCAACACCUCGUACUAUGCAUCUAGCGGUAUCAUUUACCCCGAGAUGCAGCCCCUUAAUGAGAGCGAGAAGGCCACCUUAUAUCGUAACCUGGCAAGCGGAGCCGAAAGCGGAUGGGAUUACACUUCCCGAUGGCUCGCCCGACCCGAAGAUGCAGCGAAAGACAUCUACUUUCCUCUGAGAUCUUUGAACGUAAUCGGGACGGUGCCAGUCGGACUAAAUGCCAUCCUCUACUGGAACGAGGUGACCAUCGCAAGCCUCCUCAACUCCACAAACAACGCCACCGGGGCAGCUGCUUGGAAACAGCUGGCCAGUAACCGAAGCCAGGCCAUGUAUGACUUAAUGUGGAACUCAACUUUGCACAGCUACUUCGACUACAACACCACUUCAGGUGCUCAAAACAUUUACACUCCCAGAGAUGAUGACGCUAGCGAAAUCGAGACCAAGACUGCAGAGAAAGACCAGCAAGUUGUAUUCUCUGUUGCGCAGUUCUAUCCGUUCUGGACCGGUGCCGCCCCGGAUCAUUUGAGGAGCAAUCCCUACGCCGUCAAGGUAGCUUAUGAGCGUGUUGAAAAGUACCUGGAGCUCCAACCUGGCGGCAUCCCCGCAACCAACUUGAAGACCGGGCAACAAUGGGAUCAACGGAAUGUGUGGCCACCCCUGAUGCACAUCCUGAUGCAAGGAUUGCUAAAUACCCCGCCGACAUUUGGGGAAUCAGACCCUGCCUACCGCGAUGUUCAGAGCCUGGCUCUUCGCCUGGGACAGCGAUACUUGGAUUCCACGUUUUGUACUUGGCGAGCGACAGGCGGUUCCACGAGCGAACUAGCCCAGGAACCGGGCCUCAGCGCGAAAUUGGUUGGCACCAUGUUUGAGAAGUAUGCGGAUAAUUCAACCAAUGCUCGGGGAGGUGGAGGAGAGUAUGAGGUUGUGGAGGGGUUUGGAUGGACGAACGGCGUGUUGCUCUGGACACUUGACGCGUUCGGCAAUAACCUGACCCGUCCAGCAUGCGGCAACCUCACGGCAGACAAUGCUCACACUGGUAAGAGGAGCAUGCCGCCUCGUGCCGUUGAACUUGAUUACUUCGAUGCUGCUUGGACUAAGAAGUUUGGCCGACGCGUAGCCAUGUCGGCAGCCGAGGCGGACGCAAAUAAGAGGGCUUAA